AUGAAUCUAACAGUGGGGAUUCCUCACUCAACAACUCUCAAUCUAUUUCCCCAAACCAGAAUCCGCAUUUCCACUAUCAAAUCAAUUCAAUACAAUCCACCUCAUCCUCCAAAAAAAGUAGUUGUUUGCGGCGGCGGAGUCAUCGGUGUAUGCACCGCUUACUUCCUCGCCAUGAAAGGCGCCGCCGUCACUCUCAUUGAAAAAUCCAAAAUCGCAUGCGCCGCUUCCGGCAAAGCCGGUGGAUUCCUCGCCUUAGAUUGGUGCGACGGAGGUCCAAUCGAACAACUCGCUCGCACUAGCUUCAAUCUCCCUUGUUCACUCUCUCAAGAGCUUAACGGCUCACGAUCGUACGGUUAUAGAUCGCUCUCAGCUCUCAGCCUCACCGUAACCGAAGAAUCAAAGCGCAGUUCUAGUUCCACUUCUUCUAGUUCUUCUGAAUUGUUGCCAUCUUGUUUGAUGGACCGGCCCGUGGGCCUAAGACGAUUGGGACUCACGAAACGACGGCGCAGGUGCACCCGCAACUCUUUACCCGGACGCUUAUUGAGAACGCCGUGGAGAAGUAUGCUACAAAGAGCACCUCUUGACCCUGAAGUAUACCCUCAUCCAACAGGGGAAGUGUAUGUGUGUGGGGUGUCGAAGGAGGAAGAAGUACCGGAUAAUCCAGAGGAGAUAAGGGGUGACAAUGAAUCCAUUGAAAUGCUGAAGAGGGUGGCUAAGACUGUGUCAACCCAUCUUGGGGAAGAAGGAUUGAAGGUGGAGCAAGCGUGCUUUCUACCGGGCACUGAUGAUGGAGUGCCGAUCAUAGGAGAGAUUACUGGGGUGAAGGGGUGUUAUGUAGCGACUGGACAUAGCCGCUGGGGUAUUCUAAAUGGUCCUGCCACUGGAGCUGCUGUUGCCGAGCUUGUUCUUGAUGGUCAUUCUACCAUUGUUGAUCUUGAAAAGUUUAGUCCUGCUAGAUUUGCUGGGUGCGCCAAAGCUUAG